CCGGCCUCUUCACGGCGGACGAUUUUGGCCUCAGGUUUGUUUACCCUCAGAGGUUAGAGAUCCCACCUUUGGAUCUUGGUGACAAAGUGACACCAAGCGAAGGAAGGCGCUGUCCUUUCGCACAGACUGGGACCCUCGAGUGCCCGACGCCGUCCGGGCAGCUCCGCGCUCGCUGGACCUACAGAGUCCGAUGGCGGCGGCCUCGACUAGGAACCCGGCUGAGGGUGGUGUGACCUUUGAGGACAUUGCCAUCUACUUCUCCUGGAAGGAAUGGAGACUUCUUGAUGAGGCUCAGAGACGGCUGUACUAUGACGUGAUGCUGGAGAACUUUACACUUAUAUCCUCCCUGGGUUGCUGCUGUGGAGCAGAGGAUGCGGAGGCACCCCUUGAACAGAGCGUUUCUGUAGGUGUGUCACAGGCCAGCACGCCCAAGGCAGCUCUGUCUUCCCGGAAGACCCACCCCUGUGAGAUGUGCGGUCCGGUCUUGAGAGACGUUUUCCGCUUGGCUGAGCACCAGGGAAAACCAAGCAGCCAGAAACUGUUGAGGUGUGGGGCAUGCGCACAACGAUUUUACUUCAGCGUAAACUUUCAGCAGCAGCCGGAGCAGCACACGGGAGAGAAACCAUUCAGAAGUAGUGUGGACACGGUCUCUUUUAUGAAGGGAUAUGGAUUCCAUGAUUCAGGAAAACCCUUUAUCUGUACAGAGGUUCAGAAGGACUUCCUGCCUGGCUUGGUGCGUCUGCAGCAGGACGCCAUUCAUACUGGAGAGAAGCCAAACACAAUCAGCCAGUGCAGGGCAACUUUGCAGAGCAGUAAAGGUCCUUACACUCGGGGAGAAUGCAAGGAAGCUUUUGGUCCCAAAUAUACACAUGUUCAGGAUCAGGGUGUCCAACCUGGAAGUCCAUGUUUUGUGUGCAGUGAAUGUGGGAAAACAUUCAGGCAAAAAUCUUUAUACACUAUCCACCAGACAUUCCAUACUGCACAAGGACAUCAUGAGUUUGGCGAAGCUGAAAAAUCCCUUAGACGAAGGUCAGCUCACAGUCUGUACGGAAAGACUCACACUGGGUCUAGGCAAUACACGUGCAACAAAUGUGGGAAAUCCUUAAGCCACAAAUCAGUACUUACUCAUCCCCAGAGAUGGCAUAGUGGAGAAAGUAAUCAUGUUUGCAGUGGAUGUGCAAAAUCUUUUAGCCAUCGCCAGAUGUUGAUUACACGUUCUGUUCAAACCUUAGAAAGGCCUUAUAAUUGUGGUGACUGUGCAAAACGUUUUACCUCUAUCUCUGCUCUCAGUUAUCAUCAGAGAUCUCACACAGGGGAAAGACCUUAUGAGUGCAGUGAAUGUGGGAAGUCUUUUAUCUCCAGUACUGGCUUCCGUUCUCACCAGAGUGUUCACACUGGAGAAAAGCCUUAUGAGUGCAGUGAAUGUGGUAAAUCAUUUUUCUCUAGGUCUGACCUCCAUUAUCAUCACAGAGUUCACACUGGGGAGAGGCCUUAUGAGUGCAGUGAAUGUGGCAAGUCCUUUCACCGAAGAAAUAACCUCAAUGUACACAUAAAGGUUCACUCAAGUGAGAGGCCAUACGAAUGUAAUGAAUGUGGAAAAUCUUUGAAGUGUAAGUCUUCAUUCAUUCAACACCAAAGAAUUCACACAGGAGAAAGGCCUUAUGAGUGCAGUGAAUGUGGGAAAUCUUUUACCACUAGUUUUGUCCUUCGUUCUCACCAGAGAGUUCACACCGGAGAAAGGCCUUAUGAGUGUAGUGAAUGUGGGAAAUCCUUUACUGCUAGCUCUGUCCUCCAUAAUCACCAGAGGGUUCACACAGGAGAAAGGCCUUAUGAAUGCAGUGAAUGUGGGAAAACUUUUACCACUAGUUCUGUCCUGCGUUACCACCAGAGAGUUCAUACUGGAGAAAAGCCUUAUGAAUGCAGGGAAUGUGGCAAGUCCUUUCCCCGAAGAACUAACCUGAAUGUACACAUAAAGGUUCACUCGGGUGAAAGGCCUUAUGAGUGUAAUGAAUGUGGGAAAUCUUUUAAGUGUAAGUCCAAACUCAUUGAACACCAGAGAAUUCACACAGGAGAAAAGCCUUAUUUGUGUAGUAAAUGUGGGAAAUCUUUUAGUCGUAGCCACGCCCUCCAGUAUCAUCGACAAAGUCACCUUGGAAUAAGGCCUUAUGAGUGUAAUGAGUGUGGGAAAUCUUUUGCUUGUAGUUCUUCCCUCCGAUCUCACCAACGAGUUCACACUGGAGCAAGACCUUAUGAGUGCAAUGAAUGUGGGAAAUCUUUUACAGCUAGUUCUGUCCUUCGUGCUCACCAGAGAGUUCAUACUGGAGAAAGACCGUAUGAGUGCAGUGAAUGUGGCAAGUCCUUUCUCCGAAGAAAUAGCCUCAAUGUACACAUAAAGGUUCACUCGGGUGAAAGGCCUUAUAAGUGUAAUGAAUGUGGGAAAUCUUUUAAGUGGAAGGCAACAUUCAUUCAACACCAGAGAAUUCACACAGGAGAAAGGCCUUACGAGUGCACUGUAUGUGGGAAAUCUUUUAUCAGUCAUCCUGCUCUUAGUUAUCACCAAAGAGUUCACACUGGAGAAAGGCCUUAGGAGUGCUGUGAAUGUGGGCAGUCUUUCAGCCAAAGCUCCAGUCUCACUCAACAACAUAAAGUAUAGUAGAUGAAGCCCUUCUGAGUGAUCAAUUAUGAAUUGUUUAUGUUCACUAGAAGUUGUAUUUCUCUUCCUAUCCUCUAUUCAGGAUUAGCAGAUGAUGUCUUUGGGAGGUAAUUUGAAUCAGAAUGGGUCAUGAGUGUGGAUGGAGCCCUCAUGAAUGGGUUUAUUGUCUUCAUACCAGUUCUAAGAGAGCUUGCUUCCUCUGUGUACCAUGUGAGGACCCUUUUGAGAAGAUCAUCUAUAAAUCAGGAAGUUGCUCCUCACCAGACAUGGAACCGGACCCUAUAGGGAAUGUUAGGUUGGCUAUCCAGCCUCCAGAAAGAAGUUUGUGUUGUUUGCAAGUCACCUAGUUUGUGGUACUUUGUUAGAGCAGCCUGAGCUAAGACAUGUGAAGAAUGUGGGCAGUCUUUUGGCGAAGGAUACAGUUUCAUAAAAAUCAGAAAUUACCCUGGGUAAGGCCUCAUGAGUGAGGGGAAUGACACAAUUCCUUUUGCCAGUCCUCUGUCUUCAUGGCACACUUAGAGUUCACACUGCCAAAGGGCGUUAAGGUAGCAGAGCAGGUGGUAUUUCCUUGAGUAGUGUAAUCACAGUGGAGGAGUGCCUUUGUGAAGCAGCCACUUAGCUGGAACAAACCUUGUUCACUUGAAUGUCCGCAGUGGAGUGACUUACCCUCAGUUCCAGCUAUUUGGGAAAACUUGAGGAGCUGUGUUGUGCUUCAGAUGUGUCCGGAGUCAUUGCUAGAUUGAAGUCACUGCCAGUUUCUAUUACAAAUGACUCCACUUUGAUUCCUGACAGGUUCCCUAAUGUGUAUCAAUCACCGUCUACAUGCUUAAGCAUGUUACCCCUGCACAUUGUCAUUGGUGAUGGACAUUAUGGAUAAUUGGAACUUCACAUUCCCUUCUAAGUUAGGACAUGGAUGUGAUGCAGUGUUUAUUCACAGUAACUGAUCUGAGAUUUGGAUAGUGUCUUGCAGAUAAAGAGUAAAUGUCUUAGGAUAUUGUUGGUCUUGUGAUGCUUGUGAUAAAUCUAUGCAGCAUCCAAGUCCCAACACAGGUAAUUGCUGCCACAUGUUGCUCUGGUUUAUGCAUUAAUAAAUGCCUUUUUUGUUUAAUAACUUUAGUCUUAGGUGUUGUAUUCUAAUGGGUUAUUUGAAAGCAGAAUUAGGCUCUUCCAGCAGUAAGGAGUGAACAGAUUUCAUUGCAUCCCAAGCUUGCUGUGUCCUGGAGAGGAUAAUUGCAAAUAAAUAAUAUGUACCUGGGCA